AGGCGCGUACGAAAGGGGAUGAGAGACGCCGUCGCUGCUUCACGGAUCAAUCUGCGUCUCUCCUUCCCCCUUCCUUUCUCCUGCGAUCCCCCCUUCCCACCGCGGCCGAUGGCCGCGGCCGCCGUCGCCCGAUGCCUCGUUCUUAGCGGUUCCCUCCCCGGCUCGCCCGUCGCCUGGCACGAUGUCCCCAAGAACCCGUCUCCUUCUCCGCCGCCUCCGCUUCCCUGCGUUGCCGGCUUCUGCAGGGGCUCCGUCGGUUUUCCCACCUUCAAGAACGCCAAAUCGCCCCGAUUUUCGUCUUCCCGUCGCUUCUCCUCGUCCGAUCUCCAAGAUUCGAAGCCGGCGCAGGACCUCGCUCUUCUUCUUGAAGUCGAAGGGGUUAUUGCAGACAUAUAUCGUUUAGGAAAUCGGCAAGCGUUUAAUGUAGCAUUUCAGAAACUUGGGCUGGAUUGUGCUAAUUGGACAGAACCGAUAUAUGCUGAUCUGAGUAGGAAGGCUGCUGGUGAUGAAGAACGGAUGUUGAUCUUAUUUUUCAACAGGAUUGGCUGGCCUGCUUCAUUGCCUACAAAUGAAAAAGAAGCAUUCAUGAAAAGAGUUUUACGUGAAAAGCAAAAAGCUUUGGAAGAUUUUUCUACCUCAAGCAGCUUAACUUUGCGACCUGGGGUUGAGAAUUUUAUUGAUGAUGCACUUAAUGAAGGUUUACCUGUUGCCCUGUUGAUAGCCUACAGCAAAUAUGGGGACAAAGCAGGCAGGUCUAUUAUUGAAAAACUGGGCCAAGAACGGUUGUCCAAAGUGAAAAUAGUUGGUAAGGAAGAAGUGAAAGAAAGUUUGUAUGGGCAACUUGUUCUAGGGAAAGGAGUGUCAUCUAGCUUGGAGGAGUUACUUGCCAAAGAAGUACAGAAAGCAGCUACGAUGGAGAAGCAAAGGAUUGCACAGGAUGUUGCAUCCAUUUUGAAACUAAGUGUUGAUAUAGAUAUCAGUUCGCCUGAAAGCUUGGAGAACAUAAUUGUAACAUUGCGAGCUGGAGCUGAAUAUACAGGUUUACCUGUGGACAACUGUGUGCUGAUAGCGGGAAGCCAAUCUGGUGUCUAUGGGGCUGAGCGAAUAGGAAUGCCUUGUGUUGUUAUCCGAAGCGGCGCCACAGCUAGAGCUGAAUUCCGGUCAGCAAAGGCUGUUAUGGAUGCAUUUGGUGGAGCGGAUCUAACUCUCUCUAAGCUGCGCCGCAAGAAGUGGUCGUAGGUGAAUCGAGAGACUCGUCUACGCACAAAAACCCUGACCUGGGCAGGGCAGGAGGGUUCUCUGCCUGGGGCCCCUGAUGUGAGGUCCAAUCAAUGUGUUGUUUAGUACAAGACAUCUUUUCGCACGUGUGCACCUUCUUUUUCCUAUAGGACAUUCUUUCAACAGCAGAACAUAGAAGAUACAUAAUAUAAUAAUAAUAAUAAUUAUUAUUAUUAUUAUAAUGCUUCAGACUUUGGUUUACAUAGAAGAUGUAUUAUUACCUCAAGUACUAAUUACAUUGCUGCUACAAGUAAUGUUAA